AUGGAGAGAGAGAUGGAGAGAAAGAUGGAGAGAGAGAUGGAGGGAGAGAUGGAGAGAGAGAUGGAGAGAGGGAGAAAGGCAGAGGCAGAGGCAGAGGGGGAGAGACAUCCACAUUCAGAGCACAAUAGCUUUACCAGACCACACCAUCACAGCUGCUCCAAGCAUCAGCCUGAGGAUGUGUUUGAGGCUGCAGCCAGAGGGAGAGGCCCCCAGGGCUCCCCCAUCCCCACAGUGUGCGAAGAUCUGCCUAAACUCAUCCAGUCCAAUAUCGUCUGA